UAGAAAAACAAAAACGCUUUCAAAAGUGCUUCUCUUCUCUAAAUAAAAUAAAUAAAAUAAAUUCAAUUAAUUAUUUAUUUAUUUAUUUAAAAAAAGAAAAAAAAAAAGAAAGAAAGAAAGAAAAAGCUCAAAACAGAGAUACUGUUGUGUAAGAAUCAAGAGAGAGAGAAGAAGAAGAAGAAGAAGAAGAAGAAGAAGAAGAAGAAGAAGGGGGCAAAAGCAAAAACCCAGAAAAUCCAAAAAGAAAGAAAGCGCUUCUUCUUCUUCAUCUUCUUCCUCUCUCAAAUACGAUCUCCCCACAUGUGAUCGGACCUUCCAUUUCCUUCUUCUUCUUCUUCUUCUUUCAACCCAUUUCCUCUUCUUCACUCAUUCUACGGCAGCUGGCCGUACCAUGAAGCCCUACGCUCACUCUAUUGAAGGUUCUCACUCCGAUCCGUCACCUGAAUGGACCGUUUCUGGACCUGAUACAACAUCUCAUGGAGACUCCCUUUGGCCUUUGGGAUCCAGGGAUAGGGAUUCCUACCCUGAACGUCCUGAUGAAGCUGAUUGUAUAUAUUACCUACGUACCGGAUUUUGUGGAUAUGGCUCUCGUUGUAGGUUUAAUCAUCCCCGUGAACGUUCCCCGGCUUUAGGAGGUUCGAGACUUGGUGGAAGAGAGUAUCCAGAGCGAAUAGGGCAGCCUGUUUGUCAGUACUAUAUGAGGACAGGAAUGUGCAAAUUUGGUGCUUCGUGUAAGUAUCACCAUCCUCAGCAGGAAAGAGGUUCUCUCAGUCCCGUGUCACUGAAUUUCUAUGGCUAUCCACUAAGGCCGGGUGAAAAGGAGUGUUCUUAUUAUUUGAAGAAUGGGCAGUGCAAGUUUGGUGCUACGUGCAAAUUUCAUCACCCAGAACCGGCUGGCUUGCAGUUUCCAGCACCAUCACCUGUUCAAGUUACACCUAUAGCAGGUCAAGUGCCUGCACCCUCUGUUUAUCCUCCUGUGCAGUCUCCCUCUGCUCAUUCGUCACAACAAUAUGGAGUAAUACUUGCGAGGCCUUCAUUGCUUUCAAGCCCGUAUGUCCCUGGCCCUUAUGGUCCUAUGUUGGUUUCCCCGGGCGUUGUUCAGUUCCCAAGUUGGAGUCCUUAUCCUGCACCUAUGAGUCCAGUAGCCUCUCCCAGUGCUCAACCUUCUGUUGGAUCAGGGCCACUCUAUGGUAUGGCACAUGUUUCGCCUUCUGCAUCUGCCUUUGCAGGAUCUUAUCAGCCCAUGCCAUCUGCUGGUCCGUCAAGUACUAGCCAGAAGGAGCACUCAUUUCCAGAAAGACCUGGGCAACCAGAAUGUCAAUAUUAUAUGAGAACGGGGGAUUGUAAAUUUGGAUCUUCUUGUAGAUACCAUCACCCACCAGAAUUGGUUACUUCGAGGCCAAGUGUUGUCCUUAGCCAACUAGGUCUUCCUCUACGCCCGGGUGCACCACCUUGUACUCACUUCAUGCAACGAGGAAUGUGCAAGUUUGGCCCCGCGUGCAAAUUUGACCACUCAAUGGAUCGACUUAGUUACAGUCCAUCUGCAUCAUCUCUUGCUGAUAUGCCAGUGGCACCCUACCCUGUGGGAUCGGUAGCCGGUACUUUAGCCCCAUCAUCCUCAUCCUCAGAGUUGAGGCCUGAACAUUUUUCUGGAUCCAGAAAGGAUUCUAACCCUUCAAGAAUGUCUUCAUCAAUGAGCACCUCUAGCGGAUUGGUUGGUUCAACUACAUCAAGGACAGAAAUGCAUUCUCUUUCAAGUGUUCAACGGUCUUCUCAAAGUUCUGGCCCGUCAGUGGGGAGUACCUCCAGCAGCACCAGUGCGGAGGGUCGUACUUGAAGCUAAGCUGCCUCAGGAUCAAAACAUCCUAUUUUUUGCCCAAGCCCAAAACCAAAGACCUUUUCUUUUCCUAUUACAAUGGUCCCAUAGUCCAGGUCUAGCAUACCUCAGCUCUGACCUUCUGUGUCCAUACAAUCCUUAUAUUUAAAUUUAUCUCAGCCUGAAUAAGUUAUGGUCAACCUAAAAGAAUGUAGCAAAUUUCGUACAGUUUUCUGCCUCUGCCUUAUGAAUAAUCCUGAAAGCAGCGAUAGCAAUUAGGUACCUCUGCAUCACAACUUCCUUUCUGGCGUUUGUCACUCAUUUUUGCUGCUUUGAUCAAUCUUUUUCGAGACAAACAAAAUGGUCUGUUCCACGAUGAUUUCUUUCGAGCUAUGCUCUGCUUAUGCUAUCUCUUUCCAAGUUUUCCUGUGACCAGGGCGCAAGCUUUCAAUUCGAAUUGAAUGUGAAUUUGAAGCUGUGUUAAUUCCCACUCGUUUUUUUCCCUCAUUUAUUGUGGAAAAAGAUGUAUUUAAGACUCUGGGAGUCACCCCAAUGGCAAUGUAAUCUUGUACGGGAUUUUAAUAUCACGUUAUGUAGUGAAACAUUCAUUGCUAGACUUGGCUUUGGAUGAAUUUACAAAGUUUACGUUUCAAAUGAAAACCUGCAAAUUCUAUAUCAA